CAAACUGGAACCAGAAACCGGACCUCUUCGACGACUAUUUUGUACACAAUCCCCGAAGAGUUUCUUAAAACUCUCGUAUCCCUCUUCCAAGACAUCCACAUCCUCCACCCACACCCACACACAUUCACACAUUAGACCGUCAUGGUCUCAACAUUUCAGAUGCAGGCCUUUUACCGGCCGAAUCACUUAUCUGUCGACACAAAUCAUGCGCAGAAGUACUUUGACGAAGAGGACAGCAAUAUCCUCGACGAAAACAUACUAGACAGCAGCGCAAUCGACUCGGGGUUAGACAUGUCGCCGCCCAUGGCAGGUAGCCGAAGAGAUUCGUUCGCUGUGCCGGGCUCGAUAUUCUCGCCCAAGACCGAAGUUGGAGAUUGGCAAUCAGUCGACAUGCAGUCCGUCCCGUCAAAUAACCCUUUCUUAGAGCCACAAAACAGCAACAACCCGUUUACGAGAGCUGAUCCCUCGCAAACCACAUACGGUACGCAAAAUCAGCAAUGGUCUAUGGGUCAAGGCUCCGGGACAUGCACGCCGUUACAAUAUGACGGCCUCGAAACUGCUUUCGACAACAACCAGUCCAUCUUCCAACAACGACCUCUCCAGAUGCAAACACCCUUCAGCAACCCCACACAUCAAGUACCUCUCUUCGCCUCCGUUGGUCCUAACAACACUUCCAUCCCGACACAAGAUAAGGAUUGGAUGGGUCAGGACUUAAAGAACCCUUCUUUGGUUAAGCGCAUGCGGCCCGACACGCCGACGCUUCGGUCGCACAACGAAUUGCGCCGCGGCGAUGGCAUCCGCAAGAAGAACGCCAGAUUCGACAUCCCGGCGGAGCGCAACCUCGGCAACAUUGAUCAACUCAUCGCCUCUACUACUGACGAGCAGGAGAUCAAGGAGCUGAAGCAACAGAAGAGGUUACUACGUAACAGGCAAGCGGCGCUUGACUCGAGGCAAAGGAAAAAGAUGCACACUGAGAGAUUGGAGGAUGAGAAGAAGCACUACACCAGCAUGAUCAGCCAGAUGGAAGAGGAAAUGAAUGAUCUCUCUCUCAAGCUGGAACGAGAGAGGCAAGAGCGGGAGUUCCUGGUAGCGCACGUUGAGAACUUGUCCUUAGAGAAGGAAGAGUUGAUCCGGAAUCACACCAUCGAGACCGGCGACCUGCGCAAGAAGAUCAGUGUACUCACCGACCACGUCCAAAGACUAGAGCACGCCGCCAUGCCCAGCAACACGGGUUACAACAACGGCUUCAGCGACAUGGACACCUUGACUAUGGACACUUCAUGGGAGAACAUGGGAUUCAUGAACGAGUUCCCGAUGGAGCCCGAGGUCAAACAAGAGCUCCAGAUUGUUCCCCAGAAGAAGCCCGAAGUCUCGCUUCCGUCCGAUGUCGACAAGUCCACCACCCAAGGCGGUCUCCUCUUCAUGCUCUUCCUCGUCGGCGCAUUUGUCCUGUCCAACAGGUCUACUUCUCCGACCAUCCCACGCGUGUCGGAAGAUGUGCGCGAGGCCUCAGCGACGCUUCUCAACAACAUCUUCAAGGAUGCAGGCGUCGCCAACACACCCGAAAGCGCCAUCGUACCGGCUGGCCCCCAACCAUCCGGCAAUGCGGACUGGACUUCGACAGCUUCGGUCCCGAUGGCCGGUGGCAGUAUGGAUGGUGUCGCACCGUCUAUGCUUGGUGAUCUAGCAGACUCACUCACGCAGCCGACGCAGGAGCAGACGAAUGAGCAGAUCUUCUCGCUCACACCGGCGCAAUACAACGGUGUAACGUCGCAAGACUUCCUACGAUCACCGCCACCAUCGCGGACGCAAAGUCAAGGGCGUCGGAACAUCGCCGAGACCCUAAACACUAUGCGCAACCAAGAGAAGCAAUCCGCGGCCGAGGUAUACACGCGAUCGUUACUAUGGGACCAGAUCCCCGGCGACGUAGUGCGAAACUUCGCCAAGAUGGUUGCUGAGUGCAAUAACGCCGGUGGGCCUCAGCACCCGACGGCUUCUACCGCCGCUACAGCAGCUGGAGGAAACGAUAUGAACUCAUGACGAUGAUACGCAUUCAACAUACAUACAUGAUUUCUUUCCUUCUAUCUAUUAAUGACUUAACGAGACCGAGAACGAGAACAAACCAGCCUCACCCAAUAUUAUUUUUGGUUUAACGAAACGAAGAACGAACGAAUUUUUUAUAAACCAGAUCCAGAUCAUUACUACUACUACUACAAUUUCUUCGUCAAAUUUUUGGGAUAUUAUUUCAUCGUGUUGGAAACUUUCUUCGAUUUAUUUAUUGGAAUUCUUUUUUAUUAUUACUACUUGUUCAUACACUUUUGUUCGAAUGCGCUCCCGCGCCAAAAUUUAUCAACAGACCUGACGCUGCUCACGCCGCAAACCGAAACGACUACGACUUUAUCAUGCCUCAUCAUCAAUCAUCGUCAUUAUCAUCAUCAUCAUCAGUAUCUACUAUGUCAUUUAUCUCAUCAUCGAAAUAUUCUUCAAUCAUUUUUUGUGACCAAACUUAGCAAGCGAGCCAGCAUCUUGAUUUAAUUUAACCUUCGUCUGUCCCAUUAUUUGGAACCAAACCAUUACUUGAUUGCUUUUGCUUUAACUACUUUUUUUGCUUGAUGUUUAUUGUCCUGGAAUUUUAUUAUUUCAAUGCUUUUUCAUCUUGCUUUUUUUCCGUCGAGGAACUUCUACCUCCAGUGAAGUUUUUAUCCUCUUUCCGUUGUCCGAUAUAAUCAGUUAUCGGCAACGAAACCAACACACAACGUUUAUUGCAUGGCGAAAAUGGUC